AUGAUUCCAUCAAAUAAAUCACCUUCAGAAGUUGAAAUAUUCUUUUUCUAUCAAUAAGCUAUCAAUAAUUUAGAAUAAGGCAGAAUUGAUGAUGGUAAAGCCUAACUUAAGAGUCUACUUCAUAGCAACUAAAUUAAAAAUUAAGAUCAUAGAACUAUUUAUUAUGCUAUUUUAAUUUCAUUAGCAGAGGUUUAUGGAAGAAGUAAUUCUAUUCAAGAGAAAUGUGAAGCCUUAAAAUACUACCAUGAAAGUAAUUCGAUUAUUGAAGAUUGUUGGGAAACAAAUAGAAAAAUGGCCAUCAUUUUUAGACAGAUUGGACUUAUUCCUAGAGCCUUACAUUUAACAUAAAAAGCGUAUCUAUUCAACUAAUUAAUUUAGUUUAGAAGUUUGUUAGUAGAAUUAAGGCAAGCUUAUAUUAUAUUAUUAAAUAUGUUGUUUAGCUUUUUUAAUUAAUGAACUAGACUUAUUUAAUUAAUAUUUAGAAAUUAUGCCUGAUGAAAACAAAUUGAAAUAAUAGCUUUUAGAGUUAGAUUUAUAUAUAAAAGAAUAAAAAAAAAGUUUGUUUGUUAAUGAGCUUCUAGAAGAAAGAACCUCUAUUUCUAAAAAAAUAGCCUCAAUACCAAAAGAAUAUUUAACUCUAGAUUAUUUUUAUUAAGAAUAUGAAUGUGAAAUUUAUAUUUAAGAAAGUAAUCCCUAAAAGUUAUUUAAAAAAAUCAAAAGAUUAUUAUUAAAUAAUUUACAAAUUGAUGAAAACACAGAUGAAGUACACUAAAAAGAUUUAUCAAUUCUUUUGAAAACUUUUUUUGUUAUCAAAUCUAAAGAUGAAAAAUCAGUUCAAAAAGAUAAACAUAAAGAAUAGAUUGAAAAAAAUAUUAAAUAGCGUUUGAAAUAAAAAUUAUUUUAUUAAAAUGAUCAAAACAUUCAAGCGAAAUUUUCUUUAUAAUCUAUUUUAUAAAAAGAAAAUUCUAAAUCAGUAGAAAUCUUUAAAAAUUGUGGUUUAAAUAUGGAAUUAAUUUCAAUCUUUGGCAAAAAUACAAUUUUAUAAGAUUAAUAAGUAUAAAAUUUAGAAUAGAACUAAGCACAAUAAAUAAGUAAUAAUGCACUAGGAUAAUAUCUAAUCUCAAAAUUAAAAGAAUAAAAAUUUUAUAUUUUAAAUUUAAUAAAUUAACUUACAGAACUUAUAUUUAGAAUACCUGAAGAUUUAAAUUAAGAUUAAGAAGUAGUUGAUAAAGCUUAAAAAGAUUUGGUUAGAUGUUAUAUUUGGGCAUAAUAUUUUAUGAAUGAAUUUUCAAAUGAUCCUAAAAUAGAAUUAAAAAUUUUAUCCUAAUUGUUCAAAGAAUUUAAAUUAAGAAUUAAAAAUGAAAAAACAAAAACAAAGAAAUAAAACGUAAAACUAAAAAAUCUAUAGCGAUUAAUAUUUAAAUUUAAUGAUAAAUUACUAUUUUAAAUAAGCUUUAAAAAAGAUUAAAAGGAAGAGUAAAUUUCUUAAACAAAAGAAUUUAAAAUGAUUAUGUCUUAAAUUCAUAAUGAGUUCAAUAUCCUAAAAAAUUUCUCUCCUCUUGCUAAUUAAAAUCAACUGAAUAAAUCUUAGUAGCUAGGAAAAAUAUUGGAACUCUCUUUAAAUGAAAUAUUAGAAUUUUGGGAAUCCCCAUUUUAUUUAGUUGAAAAAGGGGAGUAAACAUCUAAUUAAGUGGCAAAAAUAAAAGCGUUUAUAAAAGAAGAAAAUAAAUUAUUUGAGCCUUAUGAUAUUUAUUAAUAAAUAAUAAACGUGUGUAUAAAGUAACUUUAUUUUAGAAAAUCAUAAGAUUAAUGUAAAUAAGUUUUCGCAUUAAUUAAAUCAAUUUUUGAAUCCUUAUAUAAAUCAGUACAAGUGAAUAAUAUAAUUGCUUUAUGUUAUCUCAAAUUAUCAUUUAUUUAUGGAGCUCUAGAGGAGGAAGCAAGUUAACCAUUAGUUUUAUUUUUAUCAUUUCAUUAUAAAAAAUUAGAAUUUCCUUAUAAAGAAUUAUUUUUAAUAACUACACUUCAAUAAAGAUAGAUCAAAUUGCGUAAAUUUUUUGAACUUUUUAACUUGAAUUUAGUAAUUAAAGACUUAAUUAAUUUGAGAAUUAAAAUGAAAUUUGAUUAUCAAUAUAUUUUUAAAAAUUUAAUAGAUUAAUUUUAGGACAGUUUUGAUGUGCAAUAUUAUUUAAUGCAAUAAAUUAAUGAGAAACCAGGCAUAUAUGGUCAUUGUAUUGUUAAAAAAAAUUAAGUGUAAAUUGAAACUUAACCUAUGGAUCCUGGCAAAAAUUUAAUUGAUCCAGAAAAUUAUUCAAGUGAGUCAGAAGAAGACUAUUGUUUUACUUAUCCUUAUUAAGUUCAUUACAAGGAAAUUAAAUUAAAGUAUGGUGAAUUAAAUAAAUCAUUUAAAAUUGGAUCAAAAUAAUAUAAAAUUAGUGUUGAAAAAUAAAAAUAUAUAUCAAGCCAUAAAAUAUCAAUAAAUUUAGGAGAUCCUCAAAUAUCAAAAUAAAUAAAAAAUAUUUCAAAAGAAUUAUUAAAGUAAAAAUUCUUAUUAUGUACUAAGUAGCUUAAAAAAACCUUUAUUGUAUUUUUUUUUGAAAAUUAUUAUUUUGAUCCAAUUUAGGAAUAAAAUGAACUAUCAGAAGAAGAAAUAAAAUUUAUUGGUUAUUUUUUGCCAAUUUGUUUUAAUUAGUUUGAAGAUAAAAAAAAAGUCAGCAUUUUUACAACAAAUGUUAUUUUAAAAUAUAUUCCUAAAAAAAUAGACUCAUAAAUAUAUUAAUAUGCAAAUGCAUUGAAUUAAUAAAUAUUUUCAAAGUAACCAUUAAAAUAGAUGCCUAAAUUUAAUGAAAUGAAAGAUUAAAUAGUGUAAUAAAAGUUGUAAAAUGAAUAUAUGGCAAAUAUUUAUUAUUUAUUACAAAUAACAGGAGACGAUGAAAAAGGUUUUAUGUAUAUACUUUUAGCGAUAGCCUUCAAUGAAAUACCAUAUUUUUGGAAUUAUUUGUACAUGAAAAUUUUUCAUCUAGCAUAUAACUAGUUAAAUUAAAAAGUUCAGACUUCAGACUUUGACUGGUUUAUUUCUUAAAAAAAAAUAUAAGUUCACUUAUAAAAAUGGUAAAGCUUGAUUCAUCUUUUCGAAUAUAGAUUUAUUAUGGAUUUGCUUAAAGCAUAACAAAGAUAAUUAGAAUAUCAAAGUUAACCAAAUGAAAAAAAUUAUUAAAAAGUGUAACAAGCUUAUUAAUUUUUACUCUCUUAAAAUUAAAUCAAUAUACCUCUUGAUAUUUAUGAAUUGUAACAUAAUUUUAGAGCGAUUUUAUUAAUUGAAAAAAAAAUUAUGAGAAAACUUAGAAGUGUUUCAAUUUAAAGAAUUAUUUAAUCUAUUUCCAAUUAUUCUUAAAUUAAUAAACUCAUUAUAUAAAUGAAAGAAUAAAAGUUGACAUAUUUUUACAAUUCUUCUGAAGGUGAAAUUGAAACUAUAUCAGAUUUAUAAAUAAAUGUAUACAAAUAUUUAAGAAGAUUUAUAAAAACUAAUAAUGGGGAAGGUUUAAAGUUAUUAAUAGAAACAAUAGAAAAUCAAAUUCCAUUGUUGAUGGAAGUUACAAAAGAUAUUGAAGAAUUUUAGUAUUGUUUCACUCCAGAACUUAGAACUUUUAAGUCAAAUUUGAAGCAAGAUCAAAAUGAAUAAUUAUAUGACAUUUGUUAAUCUAAACACUAUUAACAAAAAAUAAAUGUUGUAAUGGGUAACUUGAGCUUAUUUUUUGAAAGAAUUAAAUAGAAACUUGGUCAUAAUGCUCCUUAAAGAUAUGUGAUAGAAGCUAUCUAUUAUUUAUGUCAUAUUUAAUUACAAAAUAAAAAUUUGACAAAAGAUAAGCUUGAAAACUUGAUACAAAUCAUUUCUAUUAUAUAUUCACCUUAGAUUAAAGAUUUAGUAAGAUAUUAAAAACAAUAUGGAAAUGAAUAUUCUGAACAAGAUUAAGUCUUAAGAUAUUAUUAUCAUCAUGAUCUGGUUUUCUUCUACUUGAAAUAAAAGAUUGUAAAGCUUUUUAUUAGAAUUCUUUUUGCAAAUUAAAAAUGGAAAGAACUUUUAGAGUUGUUAGAAUAAUUGCCAAAAAAUUUUGAUUUAAGAGGAUAUCAAAUUUGUUUUUCUUUUAUAGAAAAUUAAAAAUAUUUUAGUGAACCUCAAUUAUUAUAAGAUGUCUUAUGUCAUAUUGAUUAUUUUCUUAAGAGAAAUUAACAAUAUGUGUCAUUGAAUGAAAAUCAGGAGUAUGAAAAAAUGUUUUUGAAAUUCUAUGAUGUGUUUUUAUUUAAAUAAUAAAAAAACAAUAAAACAAUAACGGAAAAAGAAAAAUAAUUUUAAGCCAAAAAGUUUAUAGAUCAUUAAGUUAGAGUUAUGAAAAAAGGCAAAAGAGACUAUGCUUAAUGUUAAGACAAUUAAAAUUUUAUAGAAAUCUGUUGA